GCUGCCGGGAACGUGAGCAGCAGCAGCACCGCGGCGUCGACGUUUACACACCCGUACCACCGUAACAUCCUCCUCUGGACCACACCACCCCGCAGCGACAACACCACACGGUCGCAUCCACACACGGAAGGACAAUCCGCGGAAGCAGGUGACCGACGAUGGCUGUGAACGUAUACGCAACCUCAGUGACCAGUGACAACUUAAGUCGUCAUGACAUGCUGGUCUGGAUCAACGAAUCUCUACGGAUGAACCUCACCAAGAUAGAACAGCUGUGUUCAGGUGCCGUCUACUGCCAGUUCAUGGACAUGCUGUUCCAAAACUCUGUGCCUAUGAAGAAAGUCAAAUUUGGUGCCAAGCUGGAACAUGAAUACAUCCAUAACUACAAGCUUCUGCAAGUUGGUUUCAAAAAGAUGGGAGUUGACAAAAUCAUUCCAGUAGAUAAACUGGUUAAAGGGAAGUUCCAGGAUAACUUUGAGUUCGUCCAGUGGUUUAAGAAGUUCUUUGACGCCAACUACGACGGGAAAGAUUAUGACCCACUUGAGGCGAGACAAGGACAGGAUGCUUUGCCCACACCCAACUCUGCAAUGUCAGCUCUCAACAAACCCCCAAAAAAGGCCCUCAGUCAAGCUCCACAGAGGCCACCUGUUGCAAAGGUAGCACCUAAAAUUGCCUCUCCUGGUGCAAGAAAGCAAGGAAUGGGAGGGGGAGAUGAGGAGAGGGCGGAGCUCAUGAAUGAGGUUGAGAGUCUGAGAUCUACCAUUCAGGACAUGGAGAAGGAAAGAGAUUUUUAUUUUGGUAAGCUGCGAAACAUUGAGUUGAUUUGCCAGGAGAAGGAAGGAGAGGGUGACCCGACACUGCAGAGGAUUAUUGACAUCCUCUACGCCACAGACGAGGGCUUCGUGAUUCCAGAUGCUGAGGAUCAGGAGGAGUUUUAAUGACUGCAAGCAACCUUUCACUUAGAAGCCCUGGUCUACAGCUCACCUCAGAGUCCUCCCUUAAACCACGACAGUUUGGUUUUAUGUCCCACCGCAAGCCAACUUGUGACAGCUCCCCAGCCCCUUUAAUCACUAAAGUUUGAAUCCCUGCCCUCACUGAUACAGCUGCCAGAUCUGCCAAAAUCCCCCACUGGACAUAAUCUGUGGUCCCAGCCUUCCCCAAACUAAAACAUGCAGUACACACUGGUACAAUUCCUGACUUCAGUGUGAAAAAGCACAGUGAUGUUUUGUGUGUGUGUGUGUGUUUGUGUGUGUGUGUGUGUUUAAAAUGUAUUUGAAACCAAUGUAAAUUUGAAAACCUGUAAGGACACGGCUGUCAGAUCACACUCUUCCAGACUAACCAAGUUUUGUUUGUUUCCUUUGUUUUAUGACGCUUCAACCGCUCCGUGCCUUUCCUGUUUCCGAAACUUUACUCGUAUAAAGGAAGGCGCAUGCAUAGAAGGCAAGACAUGAAGUAAACUACAACACAGUUUGCGUCAUUUUGGGGGGAUGGAAAAGAGAAAUUAAUGUGCGUAUUUAUGCUAACUGGUCCCAUUUUAUCCUACUGACGUUUGAAGAUGGGGUGUUUAAAGAAAUCCUGAUCCAGAUUUGGCUGUUAUAUCCAACAAAGAUUGAUGAGAAUAACUUAAAAAAACACCGUCAGCAGACUGGCAUGAGGCAACAGUUUGGCCUUCUUGUGGCCUUUUUACACCUCUGACCAUCCUGUUGUCGCCAUGGACACCAUUAUGAUUUGCUAUAACGUCCACUGUUCACCGUAUUUGUUGAGUUUCUUAUUUUUUAUAUUCUUGGCACAUUUAAUUGGGAUUUAUUUUCAUUCACUGCUUUCUUACUAAACACUGUCUGGCUGAAAAACGUCCCGUGCUACAGCGUUUUUCCCGACGCAACAAAGGAAAUUGGUUUUGCAUGUGGAAAAUGGUUGUGCGUAUUAAAAGUUGUUUUGUUUUCCCAGCCCACACACGCCCACUGCAACUUUUUGUGUUCACAUCUCAGACUUUUUAAAAAAAAUAAAUUUCAGGCCUUAAUUCUCAGUGGCUGGGACGAGGUGUUUUAAAAGCCCCUGCAGACGGUAGCUUUCUGACCAACACACCAGCGUUGGCUAAAGAGUUCUGUAAACUUCCUGUUCCUCAAUGACUGCGGCGUCUCUUUGGGGCAUUUGUCGUAACGCAGUUGGACUUUUUUUUUUUUUCCUCUGGAAACCCAGCCGCUGUCUGAACACUGAUCUGAUGGCUGCGUUUGCUACCUGAUUCCUGCUGAGCUGCAGACACGGCUCUAACCCUCCCUUUGCUUGCUGUGGAUCUGUUGGAUUGACAAGUUGAAGAUUUGUCUCCCUAACUCUGAAUUCUUGUUUCCUCUUCCACACCCGCCUGACCGAUUUUAACCGGAACAUUGUAUGUCGUAAUCUGAGACCAGUUCUCCGUCUGUACGAAUGUUGUGACAUAUUUGUUCUUAGUUUCAAACACACUGGUGUUCAUUCAACAUAACUCAAAAUAACGCAACUCCGUUGAUGGCCUUAUUCAUUUGUACUUUUUUGAAAUUGAUAUGUACAGUUCUUUUUUUUUUUCUUCAAAUACUCAUGCUGUUUCAGUUACUUAAAAAAGUGGAAACAUUUUCUUUAGAUUUGUUGUUUUUUUUUUAUAGGUCUGCAAUUUCAACAUUUAGAACAACAAACGCUGGCACAAUAUUAAAUUUAAGGAAUUAUUAUGCAGGGUAUUAAUCCUGGAAAGGGGAAUGUGUUCUGAAAAUAAGCAGUAUUGGAGGUUUCCAGGCAGAAGCAGCUCACCUGUCUGCUAGUUCUCAUCGUGACUUAUCUUCUCUGCCACCAGAUAACUGCGCACGAGUAGGUACACAAACGGAAAACACUUUGGCAGACUCAACAUCAGGUUUUGGGGUGUGGGUUUUGAGAUGUCUUUUUCUCUGACUAAACCAGGGUUGAUAACACGGUUUGGUCACUGAAAAGGGCGAUGAGCCUUUAAGAAACACUGCCAUGGGUGGGACUAAAAACCUCAGAGCGUGCCUAAACUACUUUUUGUAUUUUCUGGUACUUGCCUUGAGUUGGAUCAAAUUUCUAGUUUGGCCUUGAAAAUUCAUUUUCCAAAUGACUUUUGACAGAAUGUAUCCUUUUCAAAACUCAAGUGUGAUUUCUUUUCUUUUUCUUUUCUUUCCUGUGGGGGGAGUCUAAGCAGAGCCAGCCGUGUGUCACGUACUUGUUGUUUCCAGCUGUAAUUACAUGGUUUUGUGUAGGUUUAUGUGGGGAUUUCUGCCAAACAUGGUUGUACUUCUGCUUCAGAAGAGGUGAGAAAGAUGAUGACCAGUGAAAGAGAUCCCAUCUGCUGACGUCUCCGUGAUUUACUGACGGGGAUGUGGUGUCGUAAAUUAAAUAUCACAUUCUUUUAGUUCAAUUGUCAAUAAAUGUUGUCCUGAAACUAAUUUAAUCUCAUGGAAACCUUUUCUCAAGUCAAAGCUGGCCUACACUUUUCAGCCGGGGUUCAGGUAGCACAGCGUGAACUCUGUGAUCAGUGAGAUCUUCCUGACUGUUGAAUUUGCUUCGGUACACUACGUGGAUGCAAGGACGAACCCUGAUCGUCAUGCUGCAUGAUGUCCACUUCUAAGUGUCUAUGAAUAUUUAAUAAAUGUUUUAAAAUACUCCAUAUAAAGCUGUAGUACAAUAUGAGGACAUUUCCGGCGUUUGACAAUGUACAAUAGACUAGAAGGAUCAAAUUCUAUUGCUGCAUUUUAUGCUGUUAGGGUUUAUUUGUUUGUUUUAAGGAUCUAUGUCGUUAGUAUCUGUUUUAAGGAGACAUUAAGGUCCACAGAGAACACGGUGCCAUAUGCACAUAUACAUAGAUUAGAUGCGUGUGGCUGCUUAAUUUUCAGGAGGUUUCACCUGGAUCAUCCAGCUCAUCCUCCCACACGAUUCAGCUCUUUUUGUUUUCUUGCCUCACUAAACAGAAUUUGAAUAGUCACACAUCUGCUUACAGCCAUUGAUUGAAUAGUUAUCUGCAAUAGGAACGAAGGUAGCGUCCCAAUUUGAUUAAUUGGUAAUCCACCGAGUAUUUGUAGCACAGGGCGUGUUUAGAGCGCUUUUGUUAUGCAAUGUAGAGGAGAGCAGAUGUUUGUCCUGGACGGCCUCUGAACUGAUGGACCUUCUCAAACAGGUUGAAUUGAUGAGUCACUUUUGUGACUCUUGUAAAGUAGAAUAUCUUGGGGGAGGGGGGGGUUGCUGUUUCAAGACAUCUUCCUGGCAGGUAUCUGCAGGUUUUUCAGUCUGGUGUAAUGUUUGUUGUGUUAGUGGAAGGAUUGUGUGUGAUUUCAUGUUGCGCUUUGGUAAAACGAUUUUUACAACCAUAUCUCACACAUUUUUGAGGGAGGUCGUAGGUGUUCAGACAUUUUGGGCUCUCUGAGGAACCAUUAACAGCCACCAUGUCCAUGUGGUCAUGAUGUCUUUUCAUAGAAUACAUGUUUUAGGUCGUGACAGCAGAUCCAUGCAGUUGUGAGUUAAUUAGAAAUGUCUAGGCAAGAAGAAUUAAUGGCUUUAAGGGUGACAGGGGUGCAUGUCUGAUCUGAGCUUUCCCCUGUCGCGGUGUUACACUGUGGGCUGAGCGCCUCCCAGGUUUAUCUCCUCUCUGUCAGCCUUCAGUCUCUGAUGUGUUUGUUAUAUUCUGCUGAAUAUGAUUUUCUUAAAUCAAAUUUUGUACAAACAAUAAAACGAUAUUUCCUUGUCAAA